AUGUCUUCGCCUGCUGCUGCUGCUGCACUCGCAAGUACAGUGACCUCGGCUGCGGCCCUCGGUUUCGUUCCUGUUGCGGUUCGCUUUCAGCUGUUCGAUAUCUUGGCAGAUCUUGACAAGCCUGUGAGCGGACAAGAUGUCUUGACGGCCCUCCAAGAUCGGUCCAACGGGAAAACAAGACAGGAUGUACCAUGUAUGCACCUUGUCUCCUCCAGAUCAACGGCAUCUCUCUGA